AUGAAGAAGCGGUCUCGUGCUUGUCAAGAAUGUCAUCGAUUAAAGAUCAAAUGCGAUCUAAGUACCUCCCCUGCAGGAGCGGCAUGCGAGCGAUGCACCCGCAACAACCUGGAGUGCGUGCCAUCCGCGCCACGUCUGCAGCGCGAUAGAAUCAGUGAGCUCGAAGCCGAAGUCGACGAGCUCAAGCGUACGCUGCGGGAGCAGAGCAGUAGCACAACCACUACUUCAAGCAUAUCACCCGGAAGUCUACUGGAGGACCACGACGAGCUUAUUCUAUCAUUUCUGGACGCCCGCAUACCGCUGGGAAGACAACAAGACUUGCUCCAUCUCUUUACACAAGAGGCAGGAGCGACAUGGCCUGUAAUCCGGCUAUCUACCGACUUGGACCAGCUGCGCGUAAAAUCUCCGAUCCUACUGCUCUCCGUUUUGACAUAUACUGUCACGCACAAUGCGCAAGGCACAGAUCUUGAGAUACACGAUGAGCUCGUGCGACAAACAGUACACAUUCUUGGUGAAGAGGUCAUUGGCAGAGGGGAGAGAUCCCUUGAGCUCGUGCAGGCGCUACUCGUGGCUUCCUUCUGGAACAAAAGUACGCGAAGAGGGGCCCAGGGGAGCUGCUAUCAGCUCAUACAAUUGGCUGCUGAUAUGGCCGUUGACAUCGGGAUUGCUGGACCCUCCCUGCAGCCCUCUCCUGUGGCGUUCUUUAGCCACCACGAGGAUCCAACAUCACUUGAAGCACGGCGUACCUGGCUAGCCUGUUUUGUGGCACUUGCGACAUCUUCCUUCAGUAUGCGUCGGCCUAAUACAAUACCGUGGAAUCCACACCACCACGAAUGCCUAUUAGCCCUCGAGAGUGGAGGGGACCCGUCUGACGUUUUGCUUUGCCAGAUCGUUCGCAUCAUCCAAGUGAUGCAAGAGAUACACGACCAGUUGGGUUUAUGCCAAAUAUCCGCUUUCUUAGACGGCAAUGACUACGCUAUAUACGCUGCAAUGGACACUCUGAAGAGCAGAGUAGACAUGUGGGCAGCCCAAAUACCACCUGACCUCACGUCAUCACAAUUGCUAAAAGUUUUGUACCACGUGGCCAUGGUCUUUCUCUACGAACCUAUACUGCACACGCCUACCAAUAAAGCAGCAUUCGUACCGCCGUUCAUUCCACAGCGCAUUCCCGUCAAAGACUUUCCAAAACCCGCCAAUGUCAUUUUUCCUCUGAAAAUAGCGCUCGAAAGCCUUGUGCAGAACUGCCACGGCGUCAUUGAUACUGUCGCAGGAAUGGGUCCUUCGAUGGUGCUUGACCUUUCUACGUUCUCCUUUACGCCAAUGGUGCUUUACUCCCUCUUCAUGCUGGUCACAGUCAUGGUGGCGGCGACCGACCCAACGAAUACGUAUGGCCAAUGUCUACCAAGAGAUAGCUUUCGCAUUGAGGAAUACGGGUUGAAGCUCCGGCAAUUGACAUCUUCAGUAAAAGCUCUCGACCCAACCUUCAGUUGUUACACAACUCGCAUGAUAGACGCGACAGGUUGGCUUGAGCAAUGGUAUAUCGACUAUCUCGCUAUCCUCCGGCGAUAUGAGGCAAACCUGGCAAAUUAG